AUGGGACUGAAUCCUGGAAUCCCUCCAUGCUUUUCCUCCUUUGCAAGCUUUUCAAAGCAAGAAGCCAGGAUUAAGGGGAAGCCAGAUAUUCCAGAAAAUGGCUUUAGUGUAGAGAUCCCAAAUAAUCCUGAAGGUAGGGUUCAAAGAGGGGAUCCAAUUGGUCCAGAUAUUGGAUACAGAGGAUGGAAGAAAAAAACAAAAAUCAUAUCCCUCGCAUUCGCCAUAACAGCCACUGGACUGAAGAUUCUCGCCUCUCGCUUAAGUUCAGUGAUUAGCAACCUGGUGGAUGAUUCCCAAUCUGGCUUUAUUAAGGGCAGAUGUAUUGCGGAUAAUAUUAUUGGAGCUCAAGAAGUAAUUUUUAAUCUGCAAAAACGGAAAUCACUUGGCUAUGUUUUCAAAGUUGAUUUUGCUAAAGCCUUUGACUCUCUUGAUUGGAAUUUCCUUCUUGAUGUCCUUGCUGCUAGAGGGUUUAGACCUAGAUGGCUAUCUUGGAUUCACACUAUUCUCUGUUCUGCAAAGACCCAAUUCAUCAUCAAUGGUACUACCCAGGUGUAUAUCCGAUGCAGAAGAGGAUUGCGACAAGGUGAUCCUCUUUCAUCUCUUCUAUUUGCUUUGGUUGUUGAUGUUUUGAGCGCUAUGUUCUUUCAUGCUCUUAGAUCCAAAGUACUCUUUGGAGUUCCUUUGAACCAAUUUGAUAGCAUCUGCCACCUGCAAUAUGCUGAUGACCUGUUAAUUUUCUCUGCCGGGGGUCAAGAUGAUCUCCGAAUCAUCAAGCUUAUUCUUUAUGUUUUUGAAGGUUCCUCUGGCUUGUCAAUUAAUUUCUCAAAGAGCUGGGUCCCCCUUUCUGGAAAAAGGCCAAAACGCCUAGACUGGGAUAAACUCAUUGGAGCGGUGCGCUCUAGACUCACCCCUUGGAAAGCAAAUUACUUAUCCCUGGGUGGUCGUUUAACUCUUAUUAAUUCAGUGCUCUCAACUGUUCCAGUCUACUGGAUGUCGGUAUUCAAACUACCCGCCUGGGUGAUCAAAGAUAUUGAUCAAUUCCGUAGAGAUUUCUUAUGGAAAGGACCUGAUUUGGGUUCCAAAGGUAUUAGGUUGGUUGCUUGGAAUAGGAUCACUAGACCCAAAGACAUGGGUGGCUGGGGAAUUCUUAAUCUUAGUGAUUUUAAUAUAGCCUUGCUUGGGAAAUGGUCGUGGAAACUAUCUUGCAACCCAAAUUGUGGUUGGGCCAAAAUCAUAUACAUCAACUACCUAAACAGAAGCCCAACUGGAGUUUUGUCUUAUACUCCACCCAGAAACAAAUCUUUCUUCUGGGCGGGUGUUAUCCCCGCCCUUUUACCCUUUCGGUCUUGCAUAAAAUUAAACCAGGACGAUUCUCCUAACUGGGUUCUGGAAAAAAAUGGGAAGUUCACUGUCAAAUCCUUUUACAAAUUCCUUAUUGACAGUGGAUUGUAUAGUCCACUCUACUCGCAUUUUUGGAAAACUCGUAGUCCUAGCAAAAUAACUCUUUUCUGCUGGCUUGCUGGAGAGGAUAAAAUUCUCACUCUUACAAAUCUUUUCAAAAGAAGGUGCAACUUUCAAAACACCUCUGAUAUUUGUGUUUUAUGUCACAAUGCCUCAGAGGACCUCGAUCAUCUUUUUCUUAAUUGCACCUUCUCAAACCGAAUCUGGCAUUUUUUCUUCAACUCUUUGACCCAAUCUUCCCUCCACAAUCUAUCCCCUCGCUCUGGACUACCUGGUUACCAUCCAUUAAUCUUCAACUCCGAUGCAUCUGGGAUUUCAUCUCCCGAGCGAUCUUAUGGAAUAUCUGGAUUAAACGGAAUACCCGUAUUUUUUUCAACUUAA